AUGAAGACAGCCAAUAAGGUCAUCACUUGCUACGCAAAGGAGAGGAACCCGCAGGCUGCCGAAAGGAUGGUGACCUUCAUGUGUGAGCAUGGCAUUGAGCCGGAUGUGAUUACUUUGGGAGCCGCAGUGCAUGCCUUCGCCCGGGCCGGCCAGCAGAAAGAAGCGGAGCGAAUGUUUGAGCUGAUUCUAACGCGGGGCAAGACGCGUCCGGAUGUGAUUGGAUUCAACGCGCUUAUUGAUGCUUCGGUCAAGGUUGGAGACACCAAGCGAGCUGAAUAUUGGCUGGAGCGCAUGCUUGAGAUUGGCUUGGAGCCGAGCGUGGUCAGCUACACCACCGUGCUCCAUGCCCAUGCCAAAGACGGAAACAUUGAGGCUGCGGAGACCACGAUGAAGCUGAUGAAAUCCAACGGAAUCGAGGCCAAUGUGGUGACGUACACUGCUCUGGUGAAUGCUUGCGUGAAGGCUGGGGAGAUUUCCUGCGCAGAGAGGUGGUUUGAUGAGAUGCAGGCUGCUGGGAUUCAGGCCAACGCCGUGUCCUACAGCGCGCUGCUGAAUGUUUGCGCCAAAGGGGGUGAUUUCAAGCGGGCGGAGCGGCUGCUUGAACGCAUGUUCCAGGAGGGUGUGACGCCGACGGAGGUGUGCUUCAACAACGUCAUUGACGCAUGUUCCAAGGCUGGGCAGGCAGCAAGGGCAGAAAAAUGGCUGUGGCGCUUGGCUGAGGGCAAGGAACUUGCCGCCGACCUUGCACCCACUCGACAAUCUUUCACCGCCGCAGCCCAGGCACAUGCCAAGCAGGGAUCCUUCGGAGACGUGGAGAGGCUGUUCCGGGCCAUGGAGGCCAGGGGCAUUUCGAUGGAUGCUUUCUGUCUCACUGUCCAACUGUCCGCCUAUGCGCGAGCGCGCCCACGUCAGCGAGAGCGUUUGGAGGAGGCGCUCCGAAAGUACCACAGCCAAGGGCUGGCUGUCACAUCGCCACCGUUGCGUGUGGCGAAGUCCGUCCUGGGUGGGCAGCGUCUCGAGCAGCUGUGUGCAGAGUUGGGCUUGCAGGUGCCAGAUCUUGCUGACUUCGCAGACGAGCGUCGCCCUUGGCGCAAGCAAUAA